AUGAGUGACAAUACAGAAAAGCCGUCCAAAAUGGGCGGAUCGUCGACAGCCUCCGCAAAGAAAGCUAUGCCGAAGGCAAAGGGCGGCGGCGGCGGUGCUCGCGGUCUGUGUUGGGUUGUGUUGGGCGGUGCGGCCGCCAGUUUAGGUUAUUAUCUAUUGAUGCGUAAGCCGGACGUCGGCAAUGGUGGCGGUGGCGGCGGAGGCCAUCCACCGAAAGAAGGCGACACCAAAAACAAGAAGAAAGAGUUGCCGCCAGCGAAGGUCGCCGCCGACAAAAAAGGUGGUGACAGUCACUCAAAAGGCAGUGGUAGUGGUGGUGGUGGUGGAGGAGGGGCUGGAAGUGGUGGUAGUGCUGGUCCAAAGACAGCUCCAAAGCCUCCUCAAUCACCGGAUGAAGUGACCAAAAAGCAGGCGAAAGUGCCGACAAAACCCGAUGGACAACAGCCGGCCGAACCGAAAAAACCGUCGCAACCGCUACCACCGCCACCGGCGCCGCCGACACCCGACUCCGCGGCUAAGAAACCGUCAGCGAAACCGAUGGGCGGCGGACCGGAUGUCGGAAGUGGCGGACCAGCUAAAGGAGCUAAAGGAAAGCCUGGAGGAGGAGGCGGAGGAAAUGAGAAACCAAUGAUGAAACCAUCGGUGGACACCAAAAAACCCGUCAAAAAACCCGAUGACAACAAACAUAAGGGACACUAA